AUGAAGCAAAAACCUAGUUAUUGGAAAUCCACUCACUUUGCUGCAUCUGUUCAAUAUCUCAAUUUCCUUAUAGAGUGUGUGAUCUUCCCAUUGGCCUUGAUUCUAUACAUAAAUCACUACUAAAUGGAUAGAAAUCUAUAUGAUAACUGGGAAUUUAAACCAAUUGUUGAAAUUCAAAAAAUAAACGAUUCAAAAUGUCCAUCCAAUCUUGAAACAUUCUUUGAAUACAGUUAUCCUGAAACCUCAAGUGGAUGUGACUGUGGCUUUGGAGAAGAAGAUGAGAAUGGUGAAAUUGAUUAUGAUAAAUUGAAAAGUGAACAUUGUUAGUCUUCCGAUAUUGAUGAGGGAUGUGAUGAAAUAGCAUCUAUCAACUCAUAAGAUUUUGGAAUCUGGAAGGGAUAUUCUAUUUGUGGAAGAAGAUCUGAAUAUACAUACAGAGAAUUAUUUUAUGAAAAAAACUGCACGUCUAUUUGUAAAGGAGUUUGCUAAACUAAAAAUGAAUAAAAUGCUUGUGGAAACUAUGCAGACUUAAUCUCCAAAGAAAAUCUUACCCAAUCAUAUUUCAAUUUCACAUUAAGCUAUGGAAUCGAUGUUUGCUACGAGGAUGGAGACUCAAUUAAUCAAUAUCCAUUAUUAGAAUCAGCCUAUAAAUGUGUGAUUUAAUCAUCAGAAUAUGCGUUCAUAGAUGAAUUUGAUUAGUAUUUAUUAUUUGAAGAAAAUGAAUACCCAUAUGAGAAUUUGCCUGGAUUAGAGUAUUUCCCUGAAACACCUAAGUUUGGUCUUUUUGGUUAAAAGUUUACAGAAUAUAAUUGUACCAUUAAAUAGAUUGAUGUCUCCAAUUUCAGAGACAAUUACAUUCAACUUGUAUUUUUGAUUGCUCUCAUUAUGGCAGGCUUUUUAAUGGGUUUUGGAGCAAUAUUUCAUUCUGCAAUCAUACAAAAUUUAACUAGAAAGGGCAUAUUUAAACACAAAAUUUAUAAGGUUACUUGGAAAUUCUAUUGUCCUACAACAUUCCUCAUUCUCCUUCAUAUGGCACAUUUAUCUAUCGUUGGUACUAAAUUGGGAUUUCUGGCUCAUUUUAGAAAUACCAUGCAUUCUUAUAUUGAAAAUAAAUGCACUGAUUGGUCAAAUAUACUGAAUCUUGUUUAUAUGAGGGAUAUCAUUGAUGAAUAAUUAAUGCCCCUCUGCAUACCUGAAUUAGUGUUGACAUUUGCUGCCAUGUUAUUAGAGAUAUUACAAUUAUGUUUAUUUGAUAGAAGAUUGCCUGAAACCAUAGCAUCACCUACACUAAAAGGUAGGGAGAGUCCGUCAAAAUCAAACAAUUUUGUAUUGAACUUUGGAUUUGAAAAAGAUGAAAACAUAGAAAAGCAUGUUCUAGAUACUGAUAAUAUUAGAAUUAAUAGAAAAAAUGAAUAAUUAAAAUUAUAUAAUGAAUGA